GGCCAUAUUGAUUAAUUGCACACUUAGGUGGCAUUUUUGGGAAACACCUCCAUGCCUCUUACAUGCACGUGAUCUUACAUAUUCCUCAUCUCUGGCGGGUGAAGAUUACAGACAUUCAGAGUUUGUCAAGUAAUAAUGGCUCCUCGGUACGCCCCCAGUCUCCGCUCAAGACUUCCUCUCGUGGCCUUCCUGCUGGAAACCUUCUUUCUCCUACUGUUUGUCUUUUUUGUGAAAAUAGAGCACCAGCAUGAGAAGAUUGGCAGAAAGUCUGACAGUACGCUUUUCAUCAGCUCAUAUGCAGAAUUCCAAGAUGUUCAUGUGAUGAUAUUCAUGGGGUUUGGAUUCCUGGCCACGUUCCUUGUACGAUAUGGUUUCAGUGGAUCAGGGUUUAACGUGCUGUUGGCAGCCAUGGCCAUCCAGUGGGCCAUCUUGAUAAAUGGCUUCCUGCUGCCACAACGACACCACAGAAGAGAGAUCCACAUCAGUAUGAAGAGUGUGAUUGAGGCAGAGCUCUGUGCAGCAUCCGCUCUGGUUGCCAUGGGAGCGGUCCAUGGGAAGACAAAUCCUGUCCAGCUUUUACUGAUGGCUCUGGUGGAGGUCACAGGAUUUGUGGUCAAUCAGUGGAUCCUGCGAACUCUGCUCAGUGCAGAUCCAGUGAACAGCAUCAUGCUGCUGCAUGUCUUCGGAGCUCUGUUUGGGGUGAUGGUGUCCUGGGUGCUGCACAGAGAGGGGAUCAAACCAGUGCAUGAGAAAGAGAAAACAGACCGGAAGACUGGCUUAUUCGCAAUGUUUGGAACGCUGUUCCUGUGGAUGUUCUGGCCCAGUUUUAACUCGGCACUGGUGGAAGAUUACAGGUGGGAUAGAGGACUAAAGCUUACUGUCAUUUAUGGGACGUAUCUGUCGCUGGCUGUCAGUGUUGUCAUGGCGAUGUCUGUCUCUAUGCUCACAAGCUCCAAAGGAAAGAUGAACAUGGAUCUAGGAAUGUUGAGAUUUACAGAUAAUGGGCAUCAUGAGAUGAGUAGCAUGUCUGCACAGGUUCACGUCCAGAGCUCAGCACUGUCUGGUGGUGUUGCCAUUGGAGUUGCAAUGACAGCAGUCCACACACCGUGGAUUGCCAUGACGAUUGGAUUCUGUUCUGCUCUCUUAUCAGCCUUGGGGUUCCGGUACAUGAAGAAUCACAUGCUGCUUGCUUUUGAGUGUCAUGACACCUGCAGCGUCCUCAGCGUGCAUGCCAUACCGGGAAUUCUGGGAUGGUUUGCUCAUUUAUUCAUACGGCUGGCCAGUAAUGAGAGAACAAUAGCGGUGCAGUUCGCUGUGUAUCACAUCUGUGUUCUCCUCAUAACGACAUGCAUGAGUCUGGUGAUGGGCAUGGCUACAGGACUUUUUCUUAAAUGGAGUAUCUGGAGACCCCAGCAGGACAGAAAGUGCUUUGAUGACCAGGCGUUCUGGGAGUUUCCAAAUUUGGUGGUACAGAAAUGAAGAACUUGUGGACAAAUUAAUAUGAGGACUCCAGUUAUGCAAGAAUGUGUGUGGGGUGUGGGGUGGUUAGACAUUGCUUAAGUAAACAAUUUACAAGAUAAAAUGUCCUUGAAUGGAAAGCAUUGUGUUUGCUAAGAGACACAUCAUACAAAACAUCACCAAAGAAAUGUCCAAGCCCCUGGAAAUUAAGGCUGUAUUAAAUUACUUUAGUGGAAGCAAGAAAAACAGAGAAGAGGUUGUUUCAGCCUGACAAUGACAAACUGAUACACCACACCAACACCUAAUGCAAUAUAUAAAAAUAACCUUAUGGUGACUUUAAUCUACAAUCCCAUGUUAUUCAUCUGCUUUUGAAUGUAAUAAAAGAUUGCACUUUCUAAAAGAAAAAAA